AUGGACUUCAACGAUCUUCAUCCCUCAGACGAUUACAGUCACAGGUUUUUCAUCUGGCACGAAUGGAUCCAGGCGAAUGGUCCUCUCACUUCAGAGAACGUGUUUGAUUAUUUUGCCACGUCAAUGUUCUAUGACAAGCAGAGCAAUAAUCAAGUUUUGCGCAUGCAGACCAUGCACACGGGUGUGCCCAUAUUAAACGAGUCGGAAGAACUUAAACGUUUCACCGGCAUCGAGUUUGCUCUUGUGCAUGCUCAGCCACCUUCGCUAUUUAUUAUCCACAAAAGAGAACGAUCAUCCCCUGAGGAAGUUCGCCCUCUUGCUGCUUAUUUUAUCAUGAACAAUCGAAUCUAUCGCUCGCCGGAUGUCUAUGGCGUUCUCUCCAACCGUUUGCUUACUUCCCUAUACGCUCUGCAGUCUUCUUUAGACAUACUGCGCAUCAAUCGACCUGACUACACCCCUCGCACAGGAUUUAUCUGGCCGAUCACGGAGCAGGCCAUGUCCGAUGACACUACCAAAAAAUGGGGUGGAGAGGAUUCUGCGACUGCUGCAAGCGAGGCGGAGAUCUCCACGUCACAGUCAGAAAGUCAGAAACCCACUUUAAUGGCCAGUGGACCAAAAAAGCAACAGAACAAUAUGUUGAUGUAUAACGCAAUGAGGUCUACUGCGUUUCAUUCAAAAAUAUCCUUUUCUUCCUCUGCUUCUGUCAGAGAUGGAGAUAGUGUUCCCCCUGAGUCGCUGGGGAUACGUUCCUCAGCCACACCUGCACCUACGGCGACCAGAGCGGCGACCCCAGCCAGCGGUCCCACACCCCAAGACACACUUCCACCGAAGGGUGCGCCUGGUGCUGGUAAAAAGAAGAAAAAGCGCACCUUGUUGGCUGUCGGAGCAAGUUGA